AGUGGAGAGGAGUGCAUGCACGUUUAAUUACCAAAAUAUCUUAUUAUGAGGGCAUGUCUGAGAUUCAGCACAUGUGAGACUGAACUUUACCUACUUUAUAGACAGACUGUGGUAAUGCUGCAGCGCAGCUCCGCCUCCUUCAAAGAAGUUUGACACAAAAAAUAUAAUUACCCACAGAAGGGUAGGCGGAAUUUACGGUACGAAUAGACACGUAACGCAGUUGACACCCCACUUCGUGCAGAUAGGGCUAUUUUUGAUUCAAGGAUAAUAUGGCUAUGAGUGCAGACCCAAAAGUAGUUAUAAUAGGAUGCGGAAUUUCAGGCAUAGCAGCGGCACAGCGGCUCGUGAACGCUGGAUUUCAUCACGUGCGGAUACUUGAAGCGACUGCAAGAAGCGGAGGAAGAAUAAAAACCAGCAGACUAGGUGAUAAUAUUACAGAAAUAGGAGCAAGUUAUAUCCACGGUCCAUCUGAGCAGAACCCGCUGUUUUGUUUGGCUCGUGACUAUGGCCUCCUGGAUCCAGCGGCCCUCACCCCAGAGAACCAGGCCAUGGCCGUCGACGAACAUCCUCCUUGGGCUAUUAACUGGUUCAGCAGUUCAGGUCAGAAGCUCAGUGCUGAGCACAUAAAACCUGCUCUGGAUCUGUUAAAUGAGCUAAUGGACGAUACAUUCAAAUUUGAGAGUCAAACAGAAAUACCCUGGGCCAGUGUAGGACAUUUCAUACGAUCAGAGGCAAGACAGCGAGCAGCAGAGAGGUGGGCUGAUAAGGAUAAGAGCACCAGGGACCUGCUGCUGUGUGCGAUCAGUGCCAUGUUGAAGUUUGAGUGCUGCUCCAGUGCAACUGCCACCAUGGAUGAGGUAGACAUGGCAGGAUAUAAUACCUACAAGGCUCUAGCUGGACUGGACUGCACAUUGCCAAGUGGCUUCGAGGGUGUAAUCAACAACUUGAUGUCGGAGAUCCCCGCUUAUUUAGUGACCUACAAUCGGCCUGUUCGCUGUGUCCACUGGAACAACACGCAGAGCGGAGCAAACACUGUCACUGCUGAGUGUUAUGAUGGGGAGAAGAUUGCUGCUGAUCAUGUUAUUGUCACAGUGUCCCUAGGUAGACUUCAGCACACAUACU